AUGCGAAGUGGUUGGCUAGUUAUAUUUUUUGUGUCUAUAACUGAAUGUCAUAGACAAGAGCUUGAAAAAAAGUUCCUCUACUUUGCUUAUGGUAGUAACUUGCUGAAAACACGGUUACGAAUCAAUGCGCCGUCAGCUGUUUUUAUAACUCCUGCCAGAUUACCGGGAUACAGGUUGGAUUUCGAUAACUAUUCUCCGAAUUGGCGGGGUGCGCCAGCAACCAUUGCUGCAAUUCCUAAGAGUGAGGUUUGGGGCGCACUGUGGCUUCUGAAUUAUAGCGAAAUGGGUGCACUGGAUGAGCAAGAAGGUCUGAAGGAUGGCCUAUAUGAAGCGAUAGACGUCAAAGUAUUAAAUCUCAACAAUCAUGUAAUAACAGCUAGGUCAUAUAAAAUGACUAGUGAUCCACCAAAAGUGCACCCCGAAGUAUUACCACUACAAAGAAGACCCAGCAACACGUAUAUACAGGUAGGCUUCCUGUACACACUCCUAGGUCUACUAGUCAGUGGAAGUGGCACUCCACUCGAGCCAUGCCGCGUGGCGCCUUACGUAGCUGUACCGCGGCUUGGAUCCGUCCCCGGUGGACAAAGACCGCCACCGCCUCCGAUACAACUCGCACCGCACCCUUCACCCACGGCUUUCGCGCCAUUCGAUUCGGCCCUUUUAUCAGCUGCAGCACAUCAGUAUGCAACUGCAGCAGCAGCAGCAGCCGCCGCAGCAUUGUGUCCGCCAUACGCAGGAUUUGCAGCGCUUGCAGCGCGAUGUAGAUCCUCCUCAAUCGCUGACCUGCGUCUUAAGGCAAGGCGACACGCGGCCGCACUCGCUGCUGCUCGUGGAUCUACACCACCACCUUCAACCCCAACGCCCGCUGCUGCUCAGUCUCCCGCUGAUACAUAG